CAAAACUAAAAGAGGAGGAGAAGCGGCCCUGCAUCCCAGAGCAAACAGAGAAUCAGAGGUGAAAGGAAAGGAGCUGAUGUCGUCAUGAAAAUCAUGAUAUGAUUUUCCCUCAGGAGAAACUAUGACUUGGAACGACACCACUAUGGACGGGGAAGGGUUGCUGGUGGAAAGGGACUCUUCCUUUCGGAUCCUGACGGGCUGCUUUCUCUCGCUGCUGAUCCUCUCCACGCUGCUGGGAAACACGCUGGUCUGUGCAGCUGUCAUUAGGUUUCGCCACCUCAGGUCCAAGGUGACCAACUUCUUUGUCAUCUCCUUGGCCGUGUCAGAUCUCUUAGUGGCGGUUUUGGUCAUGCCAUGGAAGGCUGUGGCUGAGAUCGCCGGUUUCUGGCCUUUUGGUUCAUUUUGCAACAUCUGGGUGGCCUUUGAUAUUAUGUGCUCAACAGCCUCCAUCUUAAAUCUCUGUGUCAUUAGUGUGGACAGAUACUGGGCCAUCUCCAGCCCAUUUAGGUAUGAGAGGAAAAUGACACCCAAGGCAGCCUUCAUCAUGAUCAGUGUGGCGUGGACUUUGUCUGUGUUGAUUUCCUUCAUCCCUGUGCAACUGAACUGGCACAAGGCUACAACCACGAGCUUUUUGGACCUAAAUGCCAGUUUACAAGGUAUAAGCAUGGACAAUUGUGAUUCUAGCCUAAACAGGAUGUAUGCCAUCUCCUCUUCUCUAAUUAGCUUCUAUAUACCUGUGGCCAUCAUGAUAGUAACUUACACGAGGAUAUACCGGAUUGCUCAGAAGCAGAUACGACGCAUCUCAGCUUUGGAGAGAGCAGCAGUGCAUGCCAAGAACUGCCAGAACACGAGUGGCAACAGAAGCAGUAUGGACUGCCAGCAACCAGAGAGCAACUUCAAAAUGUCCUUCAAGAGGGAAACAAAGGUUUUAAAGACUUUGUCAGUGAUCAUGGGGGUGUUUGUGUGCUGCUGGUUGCCGUUUUUCGUAUUGAACUGCAUGAUUCCCUUCUGCGAGCCUACCCAACCGUCCAAGGGAGCAGAAGCUUUCUGCAUUAAUUCCACCACCUUUGAUGUUUUUGUUUGGUUUGGGUGGGCUAAUUCUUCCCUCAACCCCAUCAUUUAUGCCUUCAAUGCUGAUUUCCGCAAGGCGUUUUCGACCCUGCUAGGAUGCUACAGGCUCUGCCCUAUGUCCAGCAAUGCUAUAGAGACUGUUAGUAUUAACAAUAAUGGAGCAGUUGUUUUCUCAAGCCAACAUGAGCCCAAAGGGUCCAGCCCCAAAGAGUCUAAUCUGGUUUAUCUGAUUCCCCAUGCAAUUAUCUGUCCAGAAGAAGAACCUCUCAAAAAGGAAGAAGAGGGUGAACUAUCUAAGACCUUGGAGAUGUCUCCAGCACUGUCGGGUAUCUUGGAUUAUGAAGCUGAUGUUUCUUUGGAAAAGAUCAAUCCCAUUACACAAAAUGGGCAGCAUAAAACCUGAACAAUAAGGUUUACCCAGCAAGACCUAAUAGUGUGUAUUGAAAUGACCUUUUAAAGAAAAAAGAUAUACAAGAUUUUUUAGUAAGAAACUAAGCUCUAGGGAGAAAUACACAUUUACACCAAGCCCAGAAUUAAUUUUCCUGGUAUUUGAAGCAAAUUUAACAGUUAGAACAAUAAACAGAAAAAAAAGAUACUGAAAAUUGGCUAAAAAAGGGAUAUUAAACUGUGCUCAGUUCAUACUGAGGAAAAUACACAAAUUUGGAUACAGUGCAGUGAGAAAGAAAAUAUUGCUUCUUCUCCACACAGAGAAACCAAUUUCUAGCUUAAAAUGAGGCAAAAGAUAAAUGUUAAGUAUUUAAAGAUUAAUGUUUACUAGAAGUUAAAUGAUUGCUGUGUCUCGUGAUAGUGGGUGUUAACAGGUCCUAAUUAAAGACUGAAGGAUUGUAAAGGUAGGUAGAUGCCUUCUUAAAAUUAUUUCUGACAAAUAAUUGAGCCUUAUAACUAGAAUGGUUAUUUUUAAAGCUUUGGGAGGUAAUAUGUUGAUACUGGUUUUAUUUAUUUAUUGUUUUAAAUUGAUAUUUUUCAUAUGUUAUAACAGAUCUAGCUUUAUUUAUGUUAUUUAAGACGUCUAAAUAAUGGGAUAUUUUUGGAGUGUCAUAACUGCAUUUUGACCAGUCAACCAGUCAGCACUUUAUUACAAGCUCUGAUAGUCUGGAGAGCCAUUGAGGGAAAUGAAGGAAUGUUAAGCUCAGCAAGAAAUGAAGGAAUCAACAAAACCGAUGCUGUGUGGAGUUCGUUUGCUUGUGGGCUUUUUUGUUUUGUUUUAAGUGGGAUUUCUUUCAAAAGAUAGGACCAGCGUUGACUGAGUUGUGAAUUCUCUUCCCUUAUAGAAAUAAAAGAAAUUGCUGCUAUUUAUUUUUAAAAAAAGUUUCAUGUUACAAAGACUUUGCUAGAAUGUCAAGUUUGUGGAUCUGUAAAUACCUUAAAUAUGACUACAACCUUAAGAAGAAUCCAAUUUGAGAAGAAAAGCUUCUUAGAUAACAAUUCUUAGUAUAUAAUGUUUUGUAUUUAUGUAAGAUAAACAGCUUUCUCAGACUUUUCUUAUUUCAAGUCUUGGAUAUCUUUUCUGAACAAACACGAUUGGUUAUAAUGGUAGUAAACAUGCCAACCCUCCUCAUCAUUCGUACUGCAGUACCACCAGGAUCAUGCUGUCUGUCUGCUCCUGCAUCACAGUCAGAAUUAAAAAGUAAGGUACCUAGUGCUUUACUUUGGAAACUGGGAGGACAUUACAUUUUAGUAAUUACCAUGUCAACAGUCCAUUCAAUAAGGAAUAGUGCCUCAUGACCAUUUGGGAUUAAGACGUUUCUAAAUAUGGAUGGAACUGCAGCCCCCACCUCAAAAACGUCCUGCGAGCUCCAAAAAAGUUGCCAAUGUUUAAUUCAAAAAACUGCUACUUUUCAUUGCCCUUCCCUUCUGCUUUCCCUUUGUAAUGCCAAAAGCAAUGGGUGAACGUUAGCAACAGGAACACUGGGUGUUAAUAUUCAGCAGCAUUCAAGGAAAGCUAUUUGUUUUCUGAGUGGGAGAAAAUACCCUUUGGAGCAAUUUUUC